AUGUUCUGGCUCAUUACCAUUUUUCUCAAAAUUACUUACUAAUAAACACUUUUUUACUCUGCAUUCACUGACACAACUUUAACAAACAUAGACAGUAUAAAAUUAAUACCUAUAAGAUUGGUCAUUUAUUGCUGCUGAUGCACUUAAUGUAAUAUAAUAGUGUGGUCCCUAUAGUAUAAUUGGAGGAUUCAAUAAAUUCGCACUUGGCCAAGCUGCUACUAAAUUCUUAUUAUUACCUCCACAUUACUAAAUGACAAUUUCUCUCACUCUAUUUAUGUACUUCUAAUAUAUUAAUAGUAGAAUUGAUACAUGGGAUGUAAACGAAUAUUUUCAAAUUUAUGUAGAUGAGAACUUAGAGUAUAAUUAAGCCUACUCUUAUUCAUAAGGACAAAUCUAUAUUUGUGGUUAAACAGGAAAUGAUCGAAAAGAUUCAAUCUUUGAUAUUUAAUUUUCAUUUCCACACACAGGAACAACAUCAUUCAUUGAGUUGACAAGUACUUUAGAUUAAAUUCCUUUUGAUGUAUAAUAAUUCUAAAAUUAGGAAUCAUGGGGAUUUAGGAAUUUCAGACUUUUCCUUUUUUUAUGUCCAUCUGGUUGUCUGAUUUGUUCAGAAUCAAAUUCAAAGGCUGAAUGUCAAACGUGGAUUAUUAUAGGUUCCNUAAAUAAAUAAAUUAUAUUUAUGAUAAAAAUCCCAUUGUUAGUAUUUUUCUUAUCUGAACUCUUUCUAUCAUUUCAGAUUAAACCAUAUUAGAAUAAGAAGAAAUUCUAAAAACUAAAUUAUUUUUGUACUCCUUUUGAGAAAAACUCAAAAUUAACUCCUCGCUAAGAAAAUUAUUGUAAUAAUUUAAACCACCAAAUGAUAGUCAAACCUACAAAAGCAUCAAAAAAAAAUUCUCCUAAUAAACUUGUAUCUGAAACAUAAUAAAGUUUCCAUAUGCAAUUAAUUUUUAUGGUUCAAAUAGAUGGGAAAUACAGAUUUCUAAAAUUAUCAGUUGAAUCGUCAUGA